AUGAGUGAGGAACAUUCAUCAGAAAGACAGUCAGGAUUCUGUUCUGCGACUUGCAGUGAUAGAGCAAGUUUGCGGAAGGAGAUCGGGAAAAAAGAAGUCAAGACCUCGGACGUAUUUGUAACCUGCAAUUUGCCAAAGAGAUUUGAACAUCCACAUUGGUUCAAUGGUUAUGGAUGUCAAUUGAGUAAGCAACAUCCAUUUUACAGAACUUCGGCAAGUGAAUACGGCUGGUUUCCGCCAGGUUACCAUUCAGUCCCUUCGGUAUUUUUCCCCGCUGGUCAAACGUUCACAAAUCGUUUAUCCGCAGCUGGCAUGUACAGAAAUUACAGCCUAAAUACUGGCAUGGACCCUGCUGGAUAUCGUUAA